GGAAGCCCCCCACCAGUCUUUCUUCGGUUUGCAAGGAACCUCUUCACUUCAGCAAUAUCACACCAAAAUGGCUGCGAGACAAUCACCGUUCGAUCUCUCGAAAUGUGCACGCAAGAAUAUCUUGCAAUUGCAACCCUACCGCUGUGCAAGAGAGUGUGUUUGCCCUCCAGAUCCCCACACCAGCGUCAUGGAAACUAAUGAGUCAGUGACUACAAAGAUGACGGAACGAACGUCCUGCUCGAUGCCAACGAAAACGCGUACGGUCCCGGUCUUGCCCUAAACUCGGAAGGCGCUCUGCAAGGAUCUACUGUCAAUGGAGAUUCGACUGGCUCUUCGAAGCCAGACAUCGACUUGCUGGGAUUGAACCGCUAUCCCGACCCACACCAAGUUGAGUUGAAGCAACUUUUCUGCAAUCUCCGCAAUACCCGUAUUCACAGCCAAAAAGACCUGACCCCCGAGAACCUUUUCGUUGGAGUCGGCUCCGACGAAGCCAUCGAUGCUCUGUUGAGGUGUUUCUGCGUACCUGGAAAGGACAAGAUCCUUACUUGCCCUCCUACGUAUGGCAUGUAUGGUGUUAGUGCGCAAGUCAAUGACGUGGAUAUCGUGAAGGUGCCUCUGGAUGUCGAGAAUGGUUUCCAACUGCAGCCGGACAAGAUCCUCGAGACUCUGUCCACGGAUGACUCAAUCAAGAUGGUGUAUAUCUGCUCGCCAGGUAACCCUACCGCCAACUUGAUCCGCAAGUCCGACAUUCAGAAGGUGCUGGAGCACCCCACAUGGAAUGGUGUGGUCGUUGUGGAUGAGGCAUACAUCGACUUUGCACCCGAAGGCUCUAGUCUCGCCGAGUGGGUCAACGAUUGGCCCAACCUGGUGGUUAUGCAGACGUUGAGCAAGGCCUUUGGCCUGGCAGGUAUUCGGCUGGGAGUUGCGUUCACUAGCCCUGCCAUUGCCCUUCUGCUAAACAGCCUGAAGGCCCCUUAUAACAUCUCGAGCCCAACUAGCGCACUUGCUAUGGCCGCUCUGUCGCCUAACAACAUGGCUGUCAUGAAGAAAUAUCGGGAGCAGAUCAUUGCUCAGCGCCAACGCUUGCUGCAGGAACUGCCCAAGAUUCCGGGGGUGGGUCGCUUCCUUGGCGGGCAGGAGUCGAACUUCCUCCUAGUUGAACUCCUAGAUAAGCCCGCCAGUGAAGGCGGAAAGCCCAGCAACAAGAUUGCGUUAGGUGCGUACGAAGCUAUGGCGGAAAAACGCGGCGUUGUGGUACGGUUCCGCGGAAAGGAGCUCGGAUGCGAAGGUUGCCUGCGGGUUACAGUAGGAACAGAGGCAGAGGUCACUAGGUUCCUGCAGGAAUUGCGGGUAGUCCUGGACGGUCUUCUCAGGGGGGUAGAUGUUCAGUCGUUGAGAGCAUAAACGCAUCAGAACUCGAAUCCGUCGUGUCAUUUUCAAUUUUCUUUUUCUGCUUUUCUUUUUUCUUUUUUUUUUUUUUCCAAGAUUUAUUACUUCUCGGGAUAGACUUUCUUAGCCUUUUA